AAUUCAAAAUGAAACAAUCGACUGCGGCUUAUACGUCAAAUGUCAAAUGGCAAAUGGCGGACGAUAAAACUGUUGAAUCGCCUUCGGAAAACAUCAAAGAAUUGAGUGUUGAUCUACUUCCUGAAAAGCUGAAGAUAGAUGAUAUUCGAAUUUACAAUAACUCGACUACUGAACAAAAUGCUAUAACAUUUCUUGAAAAUGAGCAUAAUGAUAAAGGUGAUUGCGACCUAAAUGAUGAAAGCGACAAUUGUCCCAAUUUUUCUAUUUAUUCUGCCACCAGUAUCGAUUUUACUAAAACAGUUUGCGCGGAGUCUAACGAAACCGCUUUUGAAAGAUGUAGUUCAGACCCAGAUCCGAGUGAAGAAUGUGAUGAAAACUUGGUACAAAUGACCGAUGAUGAAAAUGAUGAUGAUACACAGAAAAGGGAAACUAAUGAUGAAGUGGAAACCAAAGGCGGAGUUGAAGCUGAUCAUGAAAGUGAUGAGAGUGAUCAUGAAAACGAUGAAAGUGACCAUGAAAACGAUAUGAAUGUUCAAGAGAGCGAUGAAAGCAGUCAUGAAAAUGAUGAAAAAGCCCAAGAGUUUAAUGAUAGAUCCCAUGAUAACGAUGAAAGUGCCCAUGAGAACGUCGAAAGUGUCUUAGAGAAUGAUGAGGCCACUAAUGAAAAUGAGAAAAGCGCUAAUGAAAAUGACGGAAGCGCCAAUGAAAAUGACGGAAGCGCCGAUGAAAACAAUGACAGUGCUGAUGAAAACGAUGAGAAUGUUCGGGAAAAUGAUGUUAUAGCUGAAAAUAAUUAUGAAAAUGCUAAGCAGUAUGACAAAAAUCGUGAAAAUACUGACGAAAUCGUUACAAAUGUUAAAAAUGCUGACGAAAACAUAGAAAAUAUUAAUGAAGUUAUAAAAAAUGUUGACGAAAGUAGUGAAAUUAUUAAUGAAAAUGCAAUUGAAGCUGAUUUAAAUGUUGAUGAAAGUGUCAAAAAUUAUGGUACGACGAAAGUGAACUGCGAAACCGAUGAUCUUGAUAAAAGAGCGGCAGAUGCUAUGAACCACGCCACUUCAAAUUGUGAUCGAAAUCUUGAAUCGCCAUCGAAAAAAGAAGAUAAUUCAAAUAAGGGUAACAAAAAGGUGACGGCACCCUUAAUUCCCAAUAGAAAAGUUUUUUUGGAACUUUAUGAUGAUAGCGAUUGGGAGGAGUGGACUAAUGAAAAAGUGGAUGAUGAGAAACGUAUUAACAAUACUAAAAGCUCAAGCGAAAUGGAUAAAUUGACCGAAUCCAUAAGUGAUAUUGAUGAUGAUCGUGGGUACACUCCUUGCCAGGACGAACGAAGUAAAAUGGCCAACAUGAGUGACAAUAUAAGAAAGUCUAAUUCCUCUUUAGGCAUUGGUGGUUUAGAUACAGAAAUGGUUUCCGAAGAGGAAGGUAACAUAUUUACUGAUGAUCUAUUAAAACUGAAUAUCGCAAGAAAUGUCGAAGCUACAGUGGAAGAUGGAGAAAUUGUUGAAAAGACUAAAGGUCAAACAUCAGUGAACGAUAUGAAUGAUUUGAUUGAUUCAGCAACAUUAGAUGAGUCGUUAAUGACAGUAACUAAAAAUAAAGAAAAGGGAAGUGAAAGUAAAAAGAGUAACUCAACUUCCGAAAUUUUCAAAAAAGUUACUUCUAAAGAUAGGAAUUAUAGGGAUAAGGACAAGAAGAAAAAAUCGCGUUCGAAAUCUAGAGAAAAGAGAAAUCAUCGAAAAAAGAAGGAUUACUCUAAUAGGAAGAAGGAAAAGCGAAAGGACCUCGAAUAUUACGACGUUCGAAAUGUCAUUUCUGAGAGAAAUAGAAUAAGAGGCGAUAAAGAUGAAUAUGGCAGAGAACGUCGUCCGAUGCGUUCUAGAAGUAAUUCGAGAUCUAGAGUCAGCCCUGACAAAACACGCAGAAAAACAAAUUCUCACCGUGAAAAGCGUUCUAGAGGGCGUUCAAGAGUGCGUUCAGGAUACAGAAGAUUUCACAGUAGCAGAUCGAAAUCUCGUUCAGUGUCACGCUCUAGGUCUUCUUCGGUUGAACAUCGCAGGCGAAACAAAAAGUCUAGAAGUAUUCGACGGAGAUCGAGAUCACCGGAAAGUGCUUUUGUUUCUAGGUCAGUGCAUCGUUCCAGAUCAAGAAGUCUUUUAAAAAAAUCGACUAACUCUAAACGUAAGCGAAGUCCUUCUUACCGCCACGAUUGGUCUCCACCAUGGAGACCAUCGCCAUCCCCCAAUAGUCGCGUUUCUGUCUCGCCGCACAACAAUAAAGCAACUUCUCCAUCAUGGACUCCGCCUUUGCGUGACAACAUGGCCGGAGCAAAAAAUCUAAAGGUAAUUGUGAAUAAUAAGGAUGCUACUAAAAAGAAGAAAGAUAAAAAGAAAAAAUCUGACAUGAGACAAAAGGAAACGUCCGAUAGAAUUACUAAAAAACGUCGUAGGAGUUCUUUAGAUCAGCCAUCUAAGGAAGUAUUUGCUUCUGGGGAUAAUAUUUUAGUUAGUGUGAGUUUUAACAAAAAUAAAUCAACUAAUAUAGAUAGUGGCCCUCAAACCCAAGAUCACAACUUUUCCAAACGUAAAAGUAAAGCUACAGAUGAUUCAAGAAAAAUAAAACAAAAACGGGACAAAACAGACAAACGAAGCAAAAGGCGUCGCCUGGACUUAGUGAAUCGAAAGCCUAUUGCUAUUAUAGAUCUAGAUAAAUCUCCAUUUAAAGAACUAACACCCUCACCUAGGGCCGUUAUUGUUCUUACUGAUAGUGACGAUGAUGAAAAAGAACAAUCUUUAUUAACAAGGCAAGAGAGAAUACAUAAAGAACUUGGUUCACUAAGAGAAGAAUCUCAAACUGGAAGCCCGUCAUAUGAAACACUAUCCUCAUUUGCAAAUACUGGUCCUAAAACACCUCCGGAACCUCAAGCAAGUUUCUCACUUCAAUUGAAAGCUCCUCCUAAGUUAAGAAAUCUCAACAUAUUAUAUGAUAUUGAAGAAGAUAUGACAGAAGAUAAUAAUUUAGAACAAAAUCACUGUGAUGCUACGGAUAAUAAUCAUGUUGAAGAUGUGUUACACAUUGGUCCCAAUACGCCACCAGAACCACCAAAUUCACCACCAAGUUCUCCAGAUGCUUACGAUCCAUUUGAACCCACAAAAUCACCUUCACAAAGCCCUGAUAUAAUAAAAUCACAAAAUAAUCAAUGUCUUUCUGAAAAACAGACAAAUGAAGAAAAAGUUACAGAAAAUCAGUGCCAUAAGGAUAUUGCACAAAUUAAUACAGCAACUAUUGAAGACAAUCAAACUGACAAUGCAAAUACUGUAGAAAAGGUGCUUGCUAUGUUGACGCAACGGUACACCAGCCCUGAGAAAGGGUUAUGUUCUAUGGGACAAAACGAUAUCGGAAAAUCCCCUUCAGAUGUUGAGGUUGUAAUGCAAAAUUCAGCUGCUGACACUAAAUUAACAAGUCCUGAAAAUGCCAAAACUGGGGUUACCAUUUUAAGCAAUGUUUUGCUUCAACCGAAUAUGUUGAAUAUGUUAAAAACUAGCACACCAGACUCCAUGUUAGUUUAUUCGACGGGAGGAGCACCUGCUUCGGCAAAUCCGUUACUAACACUUAAUACUUCAAGAUCCAGCUUGUUCAAUUCUGCUGGCAGUGUUGUUCAAAAUUCUGCUUCCAACAACAAAACUAAUAAAUCACAAGUACGUCCAUCUCCUAUAAAAUCAAAUCCUAUCAAACCUAUGGUUAAGACAGCAGUCAUUAAGCCUGGAAUUCGUCAAUAUAAUGCUAAUAAAAUUCACAAACCCUUGAAGUAUGAUGGAGAUGUUGACGUGGAUAGUCCAUAUUCUCCAUGUUCUGAUGAUUUUGAUGAUUUGUUUGAGCCACCGACUACUGAUGCUGCCAAAACAACUAAAACUCAUAAAACAAAAAGUCCAGUUAAAAAAUCACAAGAUUUUGAUCACUUAUUCUCUUCACCUAGUUAUAAACCAUCUAUAGUUACAAAAGCUGAUAAAAAAUUAUACAAUAAAAAAUAUAAGAAAUCUAAAUCUAAUAAAACACAAGUUGGUGUGAAGAUUGAUGAUGAUCAAUUAAAAAUUCUUGAUGAAUUGCCCAGUUCAGCAGUAGAAAUGCAAGUGAAAGACAAAUUUAUGAAAAAGUUGAAUCGUCAAGAGCGAGUUGUAGAGGAAGUGAAAGUUGUUCUUAAACCACACUAUGCCAAGCGUCAUGUAACGAAGGAGCAAUAUAAAGAUAUAUUAAGAAGAGCUGUUCCCAAGAUUUGUCAUAAUAGGUCAGGUGAAAUUAAUCCACAACGAAUUCAUAGACUAAUAGAAGCCUAUGUAAAAAGAGCAAGGUAUUCUAAGAAAACUGCAAACACACAGUGAUAAAUAAUUUGAUAAUAGUUGCAUAUGUACAAUUAUAUAUUAUAUAUGUAUAUAUGUAAGCAUUCAUGUAUGCGAGCAUACAUACAUACAAAUAUGCACCCUUUCAUUGGCACAUAUGCAGUAUGCAGUAUAUGCAGAUAUAAAUAAUGUAUAUAACUAGU